AUGACAGUAACUACAACAGGAACAACCACAGCAAUUGUAGGUGCAUUAGCAUGUCAAAAGAAUUCAUUUUUGAAAACUUUCAAAACCAAAGUUGUUUCAAGUUAUGAAUUCAUUCCUCCACCAACAGCCAAGGACAAACAAAACAAAAACAACAACAAGAAAAAGAAAGAUUCCCCUCCUUGUAAAGAAUUCGGGGUAGAAUUAGAAGAUACAAUUUUGUUUCCUGAAGGUGGUGGUCAACCAUAUGAUAAGGGAACUAUCACAAUAUUACCCGAUAAUAAGAUCAUUGAAGUCAAAUCAGUAUUACGAGAUAAAUUAAAAGCAGUUCAUUUAGUUAAUGAACUAAUUGAACCGGGGACUCAAGUAUCAUUAAAUAUUGAUUGGAAUAGAAGAAUAGAUAUUAUGCAACAACACACUGGUCAACAUUUAUUAUCAGCAGUAUUUGAUACUUAUGAAUUAGAAACUUUAAGUUGGUCAAUGGGUGAAGAUAUAAAUUAUAUUGAAUUACCCACAAAAAUAACUCAAGAAUUGAUUAUAGAAGUUCAAAAUAAAGUUAAUCAAUUGAUUGUUGAAGCUAUCCCCAUUACAGUUGUUACUCCUGAUCAACAUGGACAUGAAAUUGAUGUUUCUCAUUUACCUGAUGAUUAUGAUUUAUCUAAGGGGAUCAUUAGAAUUGUGAAAAUUGGUGAAUUAGAUGCUAAUCCAUGUUGUGGAACUCAUUUAACAUCAACAGCACAAAUCCAAUCAAUUGUAUUAUUACAUCAAUCUCCUAUUAGAGGUGGCCAUUCUCGAUUAUAUUUCACUUGUGGUGGUCGAGUUGCCAAUUAUUUACGUAAAGAACAUGAAAUUUUAAGAAAUGUUUCGACUAAUCAAUUAUCUUGUGCUAUUGAAGUCGUAGAAGAAAAAGUUGAGUUAUUAAGUUUAAACUAUAAAAAGGCAAAUUCUACAUUGAAUAAUUUAUUAAAAGAAUUAGCAUCAAUUGAAGCUAAUAAAAUUUUCCAAAAGUUUAAAAAUGACCACAAUAAUAAAUUAGCUUAUGUAUAUCGAGCUGAUCUUCCAGAAUAUUUAACAUCGGUUCAAAAAGAAUUAACGACCUUGAUUAAUGAAGAUAAAACUGGUGAUGUUGAUAUAUCAAACAAUCAAACCCUUGUUUUAUUAAGUGGUGCUGCACCUAAUGGUGGAACUAUUAAAAUAUCAGGUCCCAAAGCAGAAGAAUUACAAGUUGAAUUGAAACUGAAAUUAUCUAACUUAAAAGGAGGUGGUAAAGGUUCGUCAUUUCAAGGUAAAAUAACUAAAUUUGAAAAAGGUGAAUUGGAGGCAGUGUUGAAAUAUUUAGACUCAAAGUUGUAG